UUUCAGGUGUAAUGGUCAUUGCUAAUGGCGGACAUCCCAGAAGAUGUGAAACUUGAACAACUGUUAGAGUUGAGAGAGCAAUUACGGGAGCAAAUCGAUCAGCUUAAUGCGAACACUCCUUUGGAAUCAUCUAACAACAUGCGAAAAAUAUCCAAGUAUCGUCAUCCUAACAGAUACCAAGCAGGAGCUGUCAAUAAAGUUGAAAAACGCCCCAGUUCUUGGACAGUGGAUGGUUGCGCUAACGAUAAAAUUGCAAAGGUCUUGCUUCCAGGCCGUGCGGAAGAUGAAAGAAAUGAUCAGCCCAGUUGCAGUGGUGUGAUGAAAAAAUCGGAUGGGAAAAAUCAUGGUACUUGGAUUCUAGACAUUCCGGCAAAAUAUGGCCAGGAUUUGCGUGAGUGUCCCUUUCGACAUAAAUCGGUGUUAUCAUCGGAUAUAACUGACACGGAAGGAAAUGAGCCAAAGAAAUUCAGCCUGCAUUCGGGAAUUGAUGAAAUGACUACAAACGAAGUGCCAAAAACUGAAACUGUUCGCACUACAAAGAUUGAUGACAUACCGUUUCAGAUGGAAGAGAGAAUGGAAGAAAUCUCACUGAGUGCUUUAAUAGGUUCAAUGAAAAAUGAAACCGGAAAGGACGAAGGAAGCAGCGCUGUUAUUGUCCAGACAGGAAAUGCCGUCUCAUCAAAGAUUACCGAAAACAGUUUUACCAUUUUUCCUGAAAAAUUAGUGCCUCUACCACCGCCACCACCUCCACCUCUUCCCGCACCAUCAUUACCACCGCCACCACCACUAUGCCAAUUUUUGCCGUCAAAUGAAAUGAACUUAACAAAUAAUGAGACUGCAUUACUGGAAGAGCAGCAAUCGGAGGAACCUGAAGGGCGGAGUAGAAGCUUAUCACGACCAGAUGAAGAUAGUGGCGGUGAAUUAAGUGGAAUAGACGAACGAAAUAACAAAGAUGGGAAAGAUGUCUACCUAUUUGACGAAGAUGAUGGUGAAGAUAUCGACCUAUUGCUGGAGAAACCGGUAGAAGAUGCUCAAACGGGUAAAGUGAUUAUGCCGGAGGAUGGUGAAGUGCGAGAGAAAAUAGUCUUGGCAUAUCGUGGAACAGAUUAUUUCGACGUAUUACCGGAAGGAUGGGUGGAGGUGACUCACAGUAGUGGGCUACCCAUUUAUUUGCAUAAAUCUACACGGGUUUGUACAUUCUCACGGCCAUAUUUCAUUGGUCCAGGCAGUGUUCGACAUCAUAAUGUGCCAGUUUCCGCUAUACCAUGCUUGCAUCAGCGACGAGUACUUAAAGAAAUAGAAGAGGGCGCUGCAGCAAGUGCAGCUGCACUGCAAAAUGCACUUUCCGAAUCGGUCGGUGUACAAAAUGGUGAUAGUACCCUUGAAGAUUCCGCAUUAGUAAUGGCACGACUACAAGCACCAGGUACGAAGGUUCAGACUGCUGAAGAUUUCAAGGAACGCCAGCUGGAUGCAGAAGCAUUACACGAUUAUGCAAAAGCUGUAUUUAAAUUUAAAAAAAUUCAGACAUAUCGAUUCAAUAAAUGGGCUGCAACGCGUAACUUUCAUCGGCAACGGAAACUUGCCGAAGCUGGAAGACUUGGAAAAAAUGCAUCCUCCAUUGAGCUUUCGGUUGGUCGUCCCGCAUUACCUUCAAAUGUGAAAUUAAUUACUGUACCUGCGCUGGAAGCAAAUCUGAAACCACAACAUCGUGGAUUUUUCCUUAAUCCACAAGGGAAAACAUCGGUCAGCGUGUUGCAUGAAUAUGUACAGAAAGUUUUGAAAAGCACCAUCAAUUAUCACUUCUCAGAGACAAGGAAUUCAUCAAUGCCGUAUGGAUGUACAGCGCGUCUGAAAAUGAAUUUAAAUAACCGAGUGCUUUGUGCAACAAGUGUCAAAGAGAAGUUAAUGCUUUUGCAAGAAAAACAAAAGCGGGAACAACGUUUACAAGAAAAUGGCGAGCAGCCAGAUGCUGAUUUUGUGGUUCUUGGAACGGGUUGCGGUAAUAGCAAAAAAACUGCUAAACUAGAUGCUGCACGAAAUGCUUUGAAAGUUCUGAUACCGGAUGUAGAAUUUGAUCCAGAGGGUAUUGCUAGAAGUGAUAAGAAAGUGAAAGAUGAUGCAGAAAGCGAUAAGGAAGAUGCGGUAGCAUUAUUUGAUAUGUUACCAAUAGAGGAUUCACGAAUAUUUGAUUUAUCUGCUAGAGCUGGUCAGCCCUCACCGUAUUUAUUACUUCAGGAAUGCCUUAAACGAAAUGCAGCAUACGGCGACACGGAGAUAAAGGUUCAUUCGGUACGGGUCAAACAUCAGCGCCAUCAGUUCGAUAUGGACGUCGGCAAACAUCGUGUUUCUGUUAUAUGUGCAAAUAAGCGUGAAGGCAAACAGAAAGCAUCCCAAGCAAUGCUCAAAAAAUUGCAUCCAAAUCUUGACACAUGGGGUUCCCUCAUACGGCUUUACGGGCAUGGAACACAACAAAAGCAGCAAGAAGCACGGAAAAGUCGACAGAGUAUAAUCAGAUUACAAGGCAAUCGUACUAAAGAAAGCUCAGCACUGGAGCCAAACAAUGCAAUACUGGAAAAAUUACGAAUGGAAAUGUUGAAAUUAUCGAAAUCCAAGCAAUCGAUUGAGACUUGCAGUGUGCCUGUACCGAAGCGACCAAAACUGUCCGCAACCAAUGAACCAGUGGAUGAUGUUCAGUCAGCCCAGACUUCAGCCAGUUACGCAGCGACACAUCCGGAUGCUUUAUCGGCUUUAAGAAUUGAUCUUUAAUAGAAGCCACAACUAAAUGUUAUGCAGUUUACUCUGCAAAUUUCCUAUGCAUUUUAUUUGCCGGGCAAUUUUGUAUUUUCCUUAAUAUUUUAAUUUGUUUAGCAAAAUUUUCGUAUGAUUUAUUCUCAGACUCUUUGUUGGACUUACAAAAUUUUUGUUGUCACUUGGCUAUCCAACUGUCAUGAUUUAGUAUUAUGUACGUUCUUAUCAUGAUGCUAUUUUAUUACAU